AUGGAACUUUCAUUAUUUGCCUCUCCUACCAAUCAAGUAGCAGUCGAAAAAGUAUAUUUCACGGAAGCAAGACCCAUUUCCAGCCUCAGUGCGGACAGUCCCAUUGAGAUGGUAAUUUCUGGGGCUGGAGCGGAAUAUAUUGAUUUAAAACGAAGUAGAUUAUAUAUCAAAGCCCGGAUUUUAAAAGCGGACGGUACCUCCUUGACAGCCAACGAAAAAACUGGUAUCAUCAAUCUACCACUACAAAGUAUGUUUUCUCAGAUGGAUGUUUAUCUAAACAACAAGCUAGUAUCUUUCAAUACGAACAACUACCCCUGGAAAAGUUAUUUGAAAACAAUAUUGUUCAGCGGUAGAGACGAGCUAUCCUCACAAAAACAAUCGGAGCUUUUUUUCAAGGAUGAAGGCAACUUAGGUGACGCUAACGCUUACAACGGUGGGAACGCUGGAUUAGUCCUGCGUUACGGGUACACACAACAGAGUAAAACCUUUAAAUUAGAAGGAAAUUUAAUGGAAGACAUAUUUGACAUAGACAAAUACUUAAUCAAUGGGGUUGAUAUUUACAUCAAACUGUUUAGAUCCAGUGCACCCUUCGUAAUUAUGUCAGCUGCCGCUUCCCCAGCCUACAAGUUGGAAUUACAGGAUGUUGUCUACAAAUUAGCUAAAGUCCGCGUAGAUCAGGGUGUUCUACUUAAUCAUAGCAAACAAAUAGAAACGACCCCUGUCAAAUACCCCAUCACUAGGAAUGAAUUAAAGAUGAACACUAUCCCAAAAGGCUCCACCGAAUUUUAUUGGGAUAACAUUUUCCCACAAGCAAUACCGGAUCGCCUUGUUGUGGCCUUGGUUGAUCAAAAAGCCGUUAAUGGAGAUUACACCAAAAAUCCUUUCAACUUUGAAAAUUUCGACCUCACUGAUGUGGGAGUAUACAUCAAUGGAGAAAGUGUUCCAGGAAGACCCCUACAGACGGAUUUCACGGCAGGACAUUUUUCCACAGCCUAUACACGACUGUUUGAAGCUUGUGGAAAAUGGAACCGAGAUGAGGGUCUCAUCAUCACCAGAAGUAAUUUUGGUAAUGGAUAUUCCCUCUUUGUGUUUACCAUAGAUCCGUGUGGAUUUGGUGAGGAAUAUCUUAACCUGAUCCGUAGGGGUAACACCAGACUGGAAUUGAAAUUCAAACAAGCAACAACCAAAGCUGCCAACGUACUGGUGUUUGCCACCUUCUCCUCUUUGUUAGAAAUAGACAGAUCACGUGACAUUAACUACAUUCAACCAUGA